UGCACCCUGGCGGCGGGCGGUCUCAAUAGCCGCAAAGGUCGGGUGAGGCGGCUCGGCAUCUUCUGCAAGUGAACGCUUGGAGAGCUGUGGUGUGAUCGGGUGGUGCUGGGCGCUGACUCAUUGAAACGUGGAGGUUCUCUUUUGUAGUUGUAUAAAUGGUAUCUGUCUUGAAGGGUGAACCACCUUUUACCCAAAUAUUUUCGCUCGUAAACUGUACCUGGCGGCGACAAGGAAAAUGACCUUCAUGUUGUUUGCCGGCGGUUCUCGGUUAUCUCUGCUGAGGACGUCGAAGGUGCUGUACCGGGAAAUAAGGAAAGGUGGUUUUGGUGACGUUGUCUGUCUUAAUUGUACUGCUCUAAGGUUGACAUGCAACAGAAGUGCUUUGUUCAGACACUGCAGCACCACCCCAACAAACAGCAGUUCAUUGCAUACAAGUGAUCACUAUAGUUGCUGGAGAAAAGGAACAAAGCGGCUAUACUGUCAUGUGGGUGCUCCUUUGCCAUGCACUUCCACCAAUGUGAGUUUUAUUGGAUCACAUUAUGUUUCUGUAAGAUGGUGGCAUUCAACACAUCAACUGUAUGACGACUCCAAAGUAGAAAAAUCUCUGAAAUCUCUAAAGGAUAAGAAUAAGCGACUGGAGGAAGGUGGUCCUGUAUAUAGCCCUAUUGAGCCUGAAGUACGCAAGUCUCUGCGUCAGAAGAUUGUAGAAGAAAUAAAACAUUAUUACCAUGGCUUCCAGUUACUGUGGAUUGACACAAAAAUAGCAGGCAGAAUGCUUUGGCGGAUUCUGAAUGGACAUGUUCUGUCAAGGAGAGAGCAUAGACAGUUUUUGCGGACGUGUGCUGACCUCUUUCGACUGGUGCCCUUCUUGGUUUUCUUAAUUGUUCCAUUCAUGGAGUUUCUUCUUCCAGUUGUUCUUAAACUUUUUCCUAACAUGCUUCCUUCAACCUUUGAGACAAAAUCUAAGAAGGAAGAUAGGUUGAAAAAAGAACUGAGAGUUAAACUUGAGAUGGCAAAAUUUCUUCAGGAUACAAUUGAAGAGAUUGCCCUGAGAAAUAAAGCAGCUAAAGGAGAUGUCACAAAGGACUUUUCUACAUUCUUUCAGAAGAUUCGAGAUUCUGGGGAAAGGCCCAGUAAUGAGGAGAUCAUGCGUUUUUCUAAGCUAUUUGAGGACGAGCUUACACUUGACAACUUAACACGACCUCAGCUGGUUGCACUUUGUAAAUUGUUAGAGUUGCAGUCAAUGGGAACUAAUAACUUCUUACGAUUUCAACUUAUUAUGAAAUUGCGUGCCAUUCGUGCAGAUGACCAGUUGAUUGCAGAAGAAGGCGUAAAUACACUGAAUGUAAAUGAACUGCAGGCAGCUUGUAGGACUCGGGGAAUGAGGGCACUUGGAGUAACUGAAGAAAGAUUACGAAACCAACUCAAACAAUGGUUGGAUCUUCACUUAAACCAGCAAAUUCCAACUUCACUGUUACUCUUGUCUAGAGCCAUGUUUCUUCCAGAUACCCUUUCACCAGCUGACCAGCUUACAACAACUUUACAAACAUUGCCAGACAGUGUGGCAAAGGAAGCUCAAGUGAAAGUAGCAGAAGUUGAAUGUGACAAGGUGGAUAAUAAAACCAAAUUAGAAGCAACAUUGCAAGAGGAAGCAGCCAUCAAAAAGGAGAACCAGGAGCGUGAGAUGGAACGGAUGGCAGAAGCUGCUGAGAAAGCUAAAGAGAGCUUACAAGUUGAAGCCAGGAAGGAAGUAGAACCAGCAGUGAAUCUGGAAGCAGCAACUGUCAAAGUGAAGGAGAGCCAAAUUGCUAUUGAUACAGAACACGAAUUGGCUGAUGUUGACCUGGCUAUGCAUUCUGAGACCUUGAAAGAUACAGCCCCAGUAUUAGAAGGAAUAAAGGGUGAAGAAAUUACAAAGGAGGAAAUAGAUAUGCUCAGUGAUGCUUGCAUAAAGUUGCAAGAACAGAAGAAACUACUAACUAAAGAGAAGGAAGAGCUGGAGGAAUUAAAGGACGAUAUACAAGAGUAUAGUGAGGGUUUGCAGGAGAUUAAGAAGGAAUUAUCUAAGACCGGCAAGGAAACGGUUGUGGAAGAGUCGAAGGCAAGCAAGCGAUUAACCAAGAGAGUAAAUCGAAUGAUCAAUCAAAUUGACAAACUGAUUGGUGAGCUGGAGACAGGAAAAGAGAUGCUGGAUGGUCAGUUGGACAGUGGCAAAGUGCAAUCUGAUGGUUUGUAUUUCACCUUUAGGGACAAUCUCAUCAGCAUCAAUGAGCUGAUCAGUGCGAUGAAGCAGAUCCAGAACAUCCCACACCAUAAAUUACAGAAGAUUGCUGAAUCUCUUGAUGAAAAUAAGGACGGAAGGAUUGAUAUCAAUGACGUCAUUAAAGUAGUGAAACUAAUUGAUAAAGAGGAUAUAGACAUCUCAACUAAUCAGGUUGCAGAAAUUUUGGAAUUAUUACGCAAAGAAGAGAAAGUUGUAGAAAACCAAAAAGUGAAGGAGAAAUCUGAGAAGGAACAGCUGGCAGAAAUCCAGAAUUAAACUGUUCUCACUAUGUCAGAACUCAUCUAAUUCAUUUGUUUGAUUUCUCUUUUGAAACUUAAAAGAAGUAUUUGCAUAGCUGGGAAAAUCAAGUGGAUAAUAUAUAUUGGAAAGAAAUUGUAGUUUUCUGUAUCUCACUGAAGAAAUUGAAUAAUGUUCAAUUUAGAAUUGAACCCUUCAUUCCAGAUGCUUGAAAACGUUAGAUUUUUUUUCUUUGAAGUGAAAAAUAACAGAAAUGUGAUGUGGUAAGCUGAGUAUCUUUAUAAAUGAACAAAAUAGCAACAAAUCUCAGUCUUGAUGGUAAUCGAUCUUGUUCCUUCAAGUGCUUGCCUUGCUGAAGCUUAUUUAAAUUUUAAAAAUUUGCUUGCAGUAGUGUCCAUUAAAUUGAAUAUAUAUGAAUUCAAUAACCUAGUGUUAUAAAAUUGAAUUGGAUAAAUGCCAUACCAAAAAAUUGAUAUUUCUCACAUGGGUGAAAUUCUUAUAAAAAUUUCCACUGAAAUUUUGCUAUCCUUGGGUGUACCUACUACUCCUGUCAUAUAGUGCAUCCUUUCAGCUACAGCUUACCUGUUUUUAAUAUAUGCCUGUUGAAUUGGUUAUUUCCAUGUACUGCUAUAUUGCUCAAACAACUUGCUUCACCUGUACUGCUAAAAGCAUAUGAUUUGUCAAUGAAAUUUUAAGAAUACACUCAGGUAUUGAUAAAUUUAUAUUUGAAGUGGUUUACUUUGUAAAGAUCAAACCCUUUUCAAAUUGUAUCUAUAUUUAAAUUGCAGAUACUGUGGUUAAUGCUUUGAGAUUUGCUUACCUGUACAAAAUUGGACUUCACUAAAGGAUGUUAAUGUGGCUAAUGAAUUUUGAAGGUCGUUCACAUUUUGAUUGUAGAAUUUCAUUUAAUUAUUUUUAGCUACCCAUGUUAACAGGAAUAUAUAUUCCCCUGGUAAAAUUUGUUUCUUCAUAAUUGCACACUUUUACAUCGCAGUUCUUUGUGAGUAAGAAAUGAAGAAACUGGUUAACCUUCAGAAAGACCACUCAGUUCUGGGUUCCAAUGCCUUUAGUACCACACAAAAUGUAUUUUGAUUCCUAAUUAUUUCCUAAACUAUUUGUAUGAUGCUUAUGACCGUUGCACAAAGGUUGUAUAGUUACAGAUCUAUUUGUGCAUUAUUUGCACUAUUUAACACUUGAGAAUAAUUUUGUUUGGAAUUAAGGCUGUUAAUAACUGAAUCAAUUGAGUCUCCAUAACAAUAUUGUCAAGUAGUUAAUCUUUAUUUCUGCAUUGAAGCUUGCACACUUUACACUGGAAAUUAUUUGAAUAACUUACUUGCUUAAGACUCCAUUAAUGUUUUUGAGUUACAGUACUGUUCCUAAUAAUUUUUUUCACAAUGUCAAAUCAAAUAGUUAUUCAAAUACUAACAAUCUAUAGCAGAUGCUGAAAAUCCAAACAACACAGACAAAAUACUGGAGGAACUCAGCAAGCCAGGCAGCAUCUGUGGAAAUGAGUAAGCAGUUGUCAUUUUGGGCCGAGACCCCUCGUCAGGCGUCGUGAUGAAGCUCAUUGUGCAUUGAAAAUGAGAUCUGUGUAACUGAAAUAUUAAAUGCAUUAUGACCAAUUCCAAAGGCGAUGACCUGCCCAAAUAAAUUGGUUUGGAAGCGGAGACACAAAUUUGAUAAAAUAAGUCAUUUGGUUGUAUAUUAUGCUAAAUGAAGCUAUAGUGUGGUCAGUAACCUCUUCACAGUUUCUGCAUCCUUCUUCAUUAGUUAUUUGUCUUUUGUUAUAACAACAGACAAGCAAAAACAGUUUUGGAAUAAUUUUUCCCACUCCAUACCUAUUCACUCACUACUCCGUGUUGCUCUUAUUUCAGCCAAGUCUAAAUUUUAGAAUAAUUUGGCAGAGCAAUUGAUUAUACUGCAUGGUGAUAUACUGAGGGCUAUACACUCCUUUCACUGCGUGACCUCGAUUCAAAAUAAUGGCCAAAGGUAAAGAGACUAUGCAGAUUCUCUGUUUUACAUUUCAGGACACAAACUAAAAUUGUAAAUAACUUGAUAAUCUAAUUGAAAUAUAAAAAAGAUCUAGCUGAUAUGAAGAAUGUAACAUUUAAUACUAGUUUACUAUUCAGUACUAACAAAUUAAAAAGAAAAGGUUUUGCUUUCUUUUAAACUGAAUUUUAUCCAGUCUGGAACUAAUUAAAAUAGUAUCUUAAGGAAAAAAAAACUUUUUGAUGACUGUCAAAACUAGAAAAAAAUCACUGAAAUCAUUUGGAGUCCAAAAAUCAAACUAAACAUUCAAUUAAGGGUGUUGCUAUGGAAUUGAGUUAUGUAAUUACAAUGUAAAUGUAUCCCUUCUGUAAAGGGAAAUAUGAGUGCACAGCAAUCUGCAAAGUUAAGCAUUUAUCAAAUUCAAAGGGAAAAUUGUUAAAUUAACAUGUUUAAUGCCUUGUAGAACUUGUACACAUUUUGAAAGUGAACUACAGUAUUUGUGAUGUUGGACGAUACUUUUUGUUGUAAUCUUGACACACUUGUUGCUUGUGUUAAUACAAAUGAUAGUUCUGCUUUAUUAGAUAUUUCUUGCUUUAAUGUUAAUAUAUACAGAAGGUAGUGCACUGAACUUUGAAAAAUGAUAGAUACAUUUUUAAUAAUGAAACAAUGGACUGAUCUUUGGAAAAAGUUAAAUUCAAAAAUAUCUAAAUAUUCAUGUUUAAUAAUUGAACAGCUGGUAUGAUUAAAGUACACCAAGAAUUAAAUCCCACG